AAAAUUCAAGUAAAUAUAAAGAAUUAAUUUUCAGUUGAUAACACAGUUAGACGCGAGUUAAAUCAGCUCAGUCUAUAUUCUACAGAGAGCCUGAUCCACAGCACCAUGUGCAGGAUCUGCUGUUUAUAUUAAUAAUCCAAAUAAACUGAACAGCUGCAGACUGGAGUGAUUUAGAACACGCUGCACUUUCAUCUGUUGCUGUGGUUUCCUUCAUCAUGCUCUCUCUUAAAGACAAAGACCGUCCCAUCAUCAGAAAGCUGCUGGGUGCUGGCUGCUGUGUGAGAUGUGUUCUCCGCUUCUGCUGUGUGGGGAAGUAUUCUGCGUAUCAGCGCUCCUCUGAGGACAUAAACAAAGAGCUGUUAGCUUUUCUGAGUGAAGCGGACGGCGAGAAACGUCCCGAUACUUCAGAUGAGGGACAGACCGGAGACCCGCCGUGUAAGAAGAUGAAGCUGGAGCCACCUCAGGGUGGACAGGACGGAGGGGGCGGCGGGACAGACGCGGCUCAGACGUCGGACGUGUGUGUUGCAUGUGUCGGUGUGCUGCAGCACCACUGUGAUCACGGUUCUGUUGGACAGGUUUGUGACGUGGUGAGGAAACAGGAAUACAAGUUUGACAGUCUGGUGCUGGCGGUGUCACUUCCUGCUCAGCUGUCCGUCAGAGAGCAUUCCUGCUGGCUGCACAUCAAAAAGGAAGUCAAGGAGAAGAACAUGUGUCUGGAUAAGGAGGACGUGGUUCAGGUGAAAGAUGCUUAUAAAUGGGCCGUACAGGGACUGAUGGGGAAGGAGCUGGGAGCGCCUGUACUGACCAACAGUGUGUUUGGGGUCAGUGUCGGCUUCACACAUCCAGAAUCAGACGCCGACUGCCACUUCCUGGCGACGGUCUGUCCCGACUGCUUCAAACCAACCAAAAAUAAAGCAUCAGUCUUUACUAGAAUGGCGGUGGAGCGAGCGCAGGACAAAAUCUCUGAUGAAAAAUUCCUCAGAAAUUACCCGAGUCCACCUGCUCGCCCCAGCAGUACGUGCACCUCUCUGGAAACCACGUGUCUGCACGCUUCAGUCUUCAUGGCAGGGAGGUAUAAUAAGUUUUCGCGGGAGCUUCCUCAGACCCCCUGGGUGAUCGAUGGAGAGAGGAGGAUGGAGGGAUCGGUGGAGGAGCUGAUCGCCGCUCCACUGUUGUCCUCAUUCAGAGCGGACGGUUUCAACUUUUCCUCGUCUGGGAGAGAAGACGUGGACGUACGAACUCUGGGGAACGGACGCCCGUUUGCUCUGGAGCUCCUGAACCCUCACAGAGCGGCGUUUAACAGGGCCGAGAUCAAACAGCUUCAGGAUACCAUCAACACGUCGACCGAUAAGAUCCGAGUCCGGGACCUGCAGGUUGUAACCAGAGAAGCCACAUCCCGUAUGAAGGAGGGUGAGGAGGAGAAGACCAAGUCCUACAGCGCCCUCAUCUGGACUAAGACGCCCAUAACUCAGGCAGAUUUGGAUUUUUUUGAGAACGUUAAGGAGCUGAAGAUUGAUCAGAAGACCCCACUGAGAGUUCUACAUCGCAGACCGCUGGCCGUCAGACAGAGAAUCAUUCACUCGAUGAGCACUCGCUACCUGGAUCCUCACCACUUCACCCUGCUGCUGCGCACUCAGGCCGGCACCUACAUUAAGGAGUUCGUGCAUGGAGAUUUCGGGAGGACGAAGCCCAACCUGGGGUUGCUCAUGGAGGCGGAGGUGGACAUUUUGGAGCUGGACGUGGAGUCGGUGGAUGUGGACUGGCCCCCUGCUGUACCCGAGUGAACUGUAAACCUGUGUGCGUGUGAAUAUUUUGGAAUAACAAUAAUUAAAUAUGUUUUUGGUGUUUGA